AUGGAGAUGUUCAUACAGUCCGAGAAUUAUCAAGUCUGGCGAGCUAUCGAAGUAGGAGAUUACGAGGUAACCAAGACCAAUGCAGAAAAUGAGGUAAUUCCUAAACCUAUCUCUGAAUAUGAUAGAAAUGACUUUGAGAAGAAAGAGAUUAAUGCUACUGCUAAAAAACUCCUAGUUUGGGGUUUAGGGCCAGAUGAACACACUCGUGUUAUGGGAUGUAAAACAGCAAAAGAAAUAUGGGAUUUACUAGAAAUAACCCACGAAGGAACUCAUGAAGUCAAACGUUCUAAAAUUGAUAUACUGCUUUCUAAAUAUGAACGUUUUGAAAUGGGUUCAAAAGAAACUAUUCAAGAAAUGUUUACUCGUUUUAAAAAUAUUACUAAUGAAUUAGUUUCUCUUGGUAGAGUUGUUCCUAUGGAUGAACAGGUACGCAAAAUUCUAAGAAGCCUUCCUGAAGAUGAACGGUGGAGAGCCAAAGUGGUUGCUUUGCAGGAAUCAAAGGACUUUACAACCUUUAACCUUGAACAACUUGCAGGUUCCUUGAUAACUCAUGAGCUUCACCUAUCAAACAAAAGUCAAGAAAGCUCAAAAAGCCGAGGAAUCGCUUUAAAAGUUGCCCAACCAAGUGAUGAGGAUUCCGAAUCUGGAGAGGAAGAAGCUGCCAUGCUAGUCAGGAAGUUAAAAAAGUUGUACCGCAACAAAAGGUUUGGUGACCAAAAGAAAAGGAACUUCAAGAAGAACCAAUACUCCAAGGAAACAGGAGGUUGCCACAAAUGUGGGAACACAGAUCACUUCAUCAAGGAAUGCCCUCUCUGGGAAUCAGAAAAAGGAAAAGGCAAAAUAAAGGAACACGGAAAAUCUAAUACUCCUAACUUUUCAAAAUCUGAUUACAGGAAAGCCAUGAUAGCUGCGUGGGGAGACACAAGUUCUGAGGAUGAAGAAGAAUCCACGGAAGAAGAAACUGCAAACCUGUGUUUGAUGGCUAAACACAGUGAAAGGUCAAAGGAGGUAAAUCUCGAACCUAAAUUUCUGAAAUCCCUGUCAAAAGACAAAUUAAUUUCUUUGCUCAUAGAAACAUUGGAUGAAUAUAAAGAAAUAUGUCUUAAACUUGGACAAAAUGAAAAAGCUCUAGAAAUCUAUAAGGAUCAUAUGAAAUAUUUGAAUAGUUCAAGAACAGAUGUUCAGGGAAGAUUCUUUGAUUUGCUAGAUAGAAAUACUAUGCUUAAAGAAACACUGGAAAGAGUCAAAAAUGAAAAUAUCAUGUUAAAUGUUGAAUUGACUCAGUAUAAAUUGCUAUGCACUAACAUUGAUUCUUAUAAUGCUCUUCAAUUGCCUUUAGUAACCUUUAAUGAUGAUCUUGAAAAUUUGAAAAAAGAAUUGCAGGUUACUAAAGACAAAAAUGAGUUCCUUGAAAAGGAUCUAGAAAGAGCAAGAAACAAUGAGAGUGUAAUCCACAUGGGAGUUCCAAAGUGGAUACUUGAAGCUCAAACCAGAAGGACAGAAGGUUUGGGUUUCAACCACAAAAAGAAGAGUAGUAGUAAAAAGAAAAACUAUGUGGAACUUCCUAGUGAGACUGUGUGUUCCUUCUGUGGCAAGUCAGGACACAAAGAUACUGAAUGCAAAAGAAAGGAACUUAAGUCCACUAAAAAUAUAGUUUAUGUAUGGCAAAAGAAAAAUGAGUCUGUUGUAUCAACGAAGGAACCCAUGAAAGAUGGGGUUCCUGAAUCUAACCCUUACAUCAUUCAGAAUGACACUGGGAAAGUUUUGCUGGAAGGAACUCGGAAAGGGAACACUUAUACAGUGGAUCUCAAUACAGUUCCGAGGAACAACUUAACUUGCCUCAGUGUCAUUGAGGAUGAUCCUUUACUGUGGCAUAAACGUUUUGGUCAUGAAAGUUUCUCUUUGAUUGAUAAAUUAAGAACAAGGAACUUGGUAGAGGGACUUCCUUCAAUCAAGUUCCUAUGUGACAAAAUUUGUGAUGCUUGUGUGAAAGGAAAACAGGUCAGAUCAUCCUUUAAAUCCAAGAAAAUGGUGAGUUUCACGAAACCUUUAGAGUUAAUUCAUAUGGAUUUGUGUGGUCCUAUGAGGAUUCAAAGUAGAAGUGGAAAGAAGAGAAUUCAAAAGUCCACCGGACAUCAACUGAUACACCUUAGAUCUGAUCAUGGCACUGAAUUUGAGAAUUUUAAAUUUGAUGAUUUAUGCAGGGAACAAGGCUUAAUUCAUAACUUCUCAGCUCCAAGAACUCCACAGCAAAAUGGAGUUGUGGAAAGGAAGAACAGAACCUUAGAAGACAUGGCUCGAACCAUGUUAAUAGCCAGCGAUCUUCCAAGGAACUUCUGGGCAGAAGCCGUGAAUACAGCCUGUUAUAUUAUAAAUCGUGUCAUGCUAAGGCCUAUAUUAAAUAAGACACCCUAUGAACUAUGA